ACGGAAGAAUGGAUUCUUUAAAUUGACUUCCGCCGGAAGCGAUUUCCCUUUCCUUUCAGCGGCACGAAGCAAGAUGGCGGCGCAGAUCUCUAAGAAGAGGAAGUUUGUUGCAGACGGCAUCUUUAAAGCUGAGCUGAAUGAGUUCCUGACUCGCGAGCUUGCGGAGGAUGGCUACUCCGGAGUGGAGGUGCGCGUCACCCCCACCAGAACAGAGAUCAUCAUCCUCGCCACACGGACGCAGAACGUGCUUGGUGAGAAAGGCCGCCGCAUUCGUGAGCUGACCGCUGUUGUUCAGAAGAGAUUUGGAUUCCCAGAGAACAGUGUUGAGCUUUAUGCCGAGAAGGUUGCCACCAGGGGUCUGUGUGCCAUCGCUCAGGCCGAGUCCUUGCGCUACAAGCUGCUGGGGGGGCUGGCAGUGCGUAGAGCCUGCUACGGUGUGCUGCGGUUCAUCAUGGAGAGUGGUGCAAAGGGCUGUGAGGUGGUGGUGUCUGGGAAGCUCAGAGGCCAGAGAGCCAAGUCCAUGAAGUUUGUCGAUGGGCUGAUGAUCCACAGUGGUGACCCUGUCAACUACUACGUUGACACAGCUGUCCGCCACGUCCUGCUUAGACAGGGUGUGCUGGGUAUCAAGGUCAAGAUCAUGUUGCCUUGGGAUCCCACCGGCAAGAUCGGCCCCAAGAAGCCCCUUCCCGACCACGUCAGCAUCGUGGAGCCCAAGGAUGAGGUCCUGCCUACCACCCCCAUUUCUGAGCAGAAGGGUGCCAAGCCCGAGGCCCCCGUUAUGCCUCAGGCGGGUCCUGUUGCCACAGCAUAAAGGUAUCCACUGACAUCUGGAGAUGGAAGUUUGUGGACAAUUUCUGUAAAAAUUUCAAUAAAACAGUAAAAGACA